CGCCCCCCCUUCCUCCCCGCAGGACGCCGCCCGGCCGCGGUGCGUAUUUAUGCUGGGCCCUGCGUAGCGCGGCUCGGCCGAGCGCGGGGCGGAAGCGCCCGGCAGCCCUCCGUACUUCCCGCCCGGGUGCAGGCGGCGACGAGAAUGAGCCAGAGAGACACCCUAGUCCAUCUCUUUGCCGGCGGUUGUGGAGGUACUGUUGGUGCAAUUCUGACAUGUCCACUGGAAGUUGUAAAAACACGAUUGCAGUCCUCCUCUGUGACUCUCUACAUCUCUGAAGUCCAUCUCAACACUGUGAAUGGUGCUAGCGUCAAUCGAGUAACUAGAGUUUCUCCUGGACCUCUCCAUUGUUUGAAGAUGAUCUUGCAGAAGGAAGGUCCUCGUUCUCUGUUUAGAGGGCUGGGUCCUAAUUUAGUAGGUGUUGCUCCUUCCAGAGCGAUAUAUUUUGCUGCUUACUCAAACUGCAAGGAAAAGUUGAACAGUAUUUUCAAUCCAGACUCUACCCAGGUACACAUGAUUUCAGCUGGUGUGGCAGGUUUUACUGCAAUCACAACAACUAAUCCCAUUUGGCUAGUAAAGACACGAUUACAGCUUGAUGCAAGGAAUCGUGGAGAAAAGCGAAUGAGCGCUUUUGAAUGUGUCCGAAAAGUUUAUCGAUCAGAUGGUUUUAAAGGCUUUUACAGAGGAAUGUCGGCAUCCUACGCAGGCAUAUCUGAGACUGUUAUUCAUUUUGUUAUUUAUGAGAGUAUCAAGAGGAAACUAUUGGAGUAUAAGACUGCUUCUGCCAUGGACAGUGAGGAUGAAGCGGCAAAAGAAGCUUCGGACUUUGUUGGAAUGAUGAUGGCUGCUGCCACGUCUAAAACUUGUGCCACAUCAAUAGCAUAUCCUCAUGAGGUUGUACGAACAAGACUAAGAGAAGAGGGAACAAAAUACAGAUCUUUCUUCCAGACACUAUCUUUGCUUGUGCGAGAAGAAGGUUAUGGAUCCCUCUACCGAGGUUUAACUACACAUCUGAUCAGACAGAUUCCAAACACGGCUAUCAUGAUGUCAACCUAUGAAGUGGUAGUCUACUUGCUGGAUGGAUAGCAGCGUGACAAGGCUUCCUAGAAGAAGGUAGAAGAUUGAAAGACUGGAGUGGACCACUGAAUGUCAGUGCCAGUGUGGUGGGCAAAAGGAAAGUUAUGAGGAACAUGCAGCUAUGGACAAAACAGAAGGUUGACUCUGGGCAACUAUGGAUAAUUUUGCUGCCUUACUGUGUGUGGUCUCUUGGCAAUGUGACAAAUGGGAACUGCCCCUUAGGGAAUGCCUUUACACAUCUCUUAAUUCAAAAUUGUUAGUUUUCAUCUGUUAAUCUAGACAAGGCCAUUCAGUCAUCUUCAGGACUUGAAGGAUGAGGGCGGGGGCAUAAAAUACAUUCUUGGGCAGCCUUAUUCAUUUCUCUUAGUGGUUGCUUUCAACUACAUCCUUUUUGUUGCUUUACUGCACAGUAGCCUGUUGGAAGAAUGGGGAAGACAGUACUUUCUAUACCUUUCCAUGCCUGAAACUUCCAUUCAGUUGCUCUGAAGAUUCCUAGAGGCUGAGGUAGUAGUCAGUGUGUAGAGUUUUCCAUGUUGCUACCUCAAGACAAAAUAUGGCGCAGGGACCCAGAACAGAGUUUUUUUUUCUUCACUAAACAGGUGAUACUUGUUUUUUUCUUUGAAGUUUGAGCAGUGUUGUAGGUUAGUGAGAAAGGAUCUGAUUGUUGAACUCUCCAGGUUAUCAUCUCUCAGUAUUGGUGUAUGUAGAUUUCUAGUGCUGCUGCAUCAUCCUUUUUCUCUUCUGGAACUUUUCCUUCCUUAGGCAAGAGAGACCUGUGAAACACUCUGCCAUAGCAUCUGUUUUCCUUGCCACCCUGUGUCAAGUCACUCACAGCUAAGCAAGAACUUGCUGAAUGCUACUUUGUAGCUUUUUAAAGGUUUCUUAAUGUGAUGAGAAAUCUCAACUAGUCCAGCCUGUCAUUUGUGAAGACAAGAUUCACUCAAAUAGUUUCAUGCUACUUAAGAAUGAGCUGUAUUACCUUCAAAUGUCUGGCAAAGCCUGACUUGUAUUACCAGUAUCUGUAUUGGGAGUACAGGGGAAGAACACAUCGCUAUGGCUAGGGUGGCCAGAAAGCAGAAAACUGUAGAAGUUGUGAUAGAUAUUUUUUUUUUCUGUGCAGAGUGAUGGAGAAAAUCAUAAGUGAGAUUUUCUUGUAAGCAUUCCCCUUGAUAGCUGCUGUAUCACUUCUUCCAACUUGAGCCUGUGCACAGAACUGCAGCUGACAGUACAACCUUGUCCUCCAAAUUGUCUGAAUACUCAAGUUUUGUUGUUGCAAAACAAAAUGAAUAUUCAGCCAAUUGCAAAAUGUGUUGCAUUCAGCACCAAGGCUUAGCUAGUUCAUUAUGUCAUAAUUUACAGGGUUUUCCAAAACCAUACAGUUGAGUGUCAAAAUCGGAAGUUUAAUGUUACAAGAACUUGUACAGCUUUCCAAACAGAAAUCUCUACCUGCACCUUGAGUUCUUCUUAGUCUGUAUCCAUGAUCCUUAUGAGGAAGAUGAUAAUCAAUUUUGGGCAAUAGCUUUCUACAUAUAAAUGCUGCUACACUGGUGUGGACAGAACUGUGCUAUCAACUCUUCCAGUGUAGUACUUCAGUUCACUUGAACUGUGCAUUGUGUGCAAUGGCUUUAUUUUAUGAAUGACUCCUUAUGCACUUUGUGGCCUUCUUAUGGCUUGUGACUUCUCUUCCUCUUGUCCUCUGUCAUCAACCUGUGUUCAAAACCAUGCAGUUUGUUUUUAAACAAAGCAUGUGGUUUGAUCUCUGUGUGAGCUGUGCAGAAUAGAAUAUUUUAUGCUGUAGAUCCAUAGCAUCUUUGUUGCAGUAGUUCUGUAGGCUGUAUGGAAAAGCUUGAAGCUUACAGAACAACCAGUCUGGGCUUUUCUCGUUUGCUUUCCUUUUAUUUUGACCCUUGUUGUGUUCUCCACACAGCGUCGAAGUGUUGGAGUACUUCAUGUAAUUUGUUUUACUAAUUGCUGAUACUUCUAAAAGCCACCUAGAGUAUGUGCAGCGACCUCUCAGUGGAGGUUUUGGCCGCAUUAACUUCCUUCUUGGAAAAUGUUAUCUUAAAAACAGAGAGCGUGGUCUGUGAUGUGCCCACAAAGGUGAACUUGAUUGUUUUAAAGAAGCAAGGGGAAUGUUUAAAUGUGUGCUGUAGUGGGCUUUUUCUAGUUACCUUCCCAGGAAAAAUCUGGAGUACUCAUGACUCUGACUUAAGCCUUGCUGUGAUGCUCUUGUUCAGGUACCAAGUGCAGGAACAGCUACUUACUGUAACUUUUGUUCUGUAGACGGUGGGUUACUCUUCAGGCUGUCCAGAUUAUUCAGGCAUGGCCAAAACGUAAAUUGGCGAAGACAAUAUUUAGCUUUGGAGUUAAUGAAUACAAUUAAUACUUGGAUUAGCCUAGACUUCAUGAGAGUUACUCUCCUCUGUCUACUGGAUACGUUCUCCCUUGGUUACAUGUUCAUCUCCCAUUAAUUCACUGGGUACCGUGUGUGUGCCUUGUCUGGGUGAGAACAGACCCCCUGGAGCUGUCAAGUAGAAGAUGUUGACAAGGACAAUUGAAAAUAUGGGAGGCAACAGCUAAAAAUGGACAAUCAGCUUAUUAUUCCACCUUUUUAAUGGGUGCUUAAGCAAUGUUUUAAGCUUCAGGGGUGAUCUUUUUGGCUUGCUUUACAUAACAAAACAUACAUCCAAAGUUUCCUGGGAUUUUGUUAUUUUUAAAUUGCUGGUACAUACAAAGUUACCUCUGAAACAUUUCCCAAAGAUCUUUAAAUUAUUUAUGUAGUUUUCUUGAUAUUUAUUUUAAAAAGUCAAAGGGAAUAAGAAGAUGCUACAUUCAGUGAUACCCUUAACUACAGAAGUAACUGAAAGGAGUGCAUUUAAACUUUCUUAUAACUUGAAGGGUCAUCUUGAUUCGUAUUUGAGUGUAAUGUAUUUGUCACACUUCUCUGUGCUAGAGGCGAAGGACUUGGAUGCGUGAAAAACUCUCAGUAAUUAGUUUCCACGUAUUUCCCUUGCCUAGAUGAAACUGCAAUGUUAUUGUGAGCUGUUAGCUGUGGCUCAGCAGCUGGGAAGGUUUGGAAAUGCUGUGAGGCUGCCGUUUCCUGAAGCAGUCAAAAGAUGGCACUGGAGGAUGGAUUCGUCCCGGGAGAGGGCUUCCUCUGCCCGGCUGUGUGACAGCACUGGUUGUCUCUGAGUCUCUGUGCCAGACUGGGGGGACGUGGCAAGAGUGGCCCGAGUUGGAAAGCCAUGAAAAAACAGACUUUAGUGAACACCGUCCCAUUUCACAGCCCCUGUUUUACCCAUCCAUCCCUGUAGAGCUGUGUGAAAACUGGUGAGGUGUCUGUGUUGCGGAGGCUGAGCCCAGCCUUCAAACUGACAGAUAGAUCUGCUGGUUGUCUGAAUUUCUGAUCUGCUAGCCUGUCUUGGUUUUAAGUAGGUUUACACUAUGGAUUUAUGGAGUUUUUUGAUUUAAUUAUAACUGAAACAUCAGCCAGUCCACUUGUAUAUUGACACUGCACCUCUCUAGUUCCCUGUUUACAUAAUGCACUCCAUAUAUUUCCUUUCUGAUUGAGGUGUGUGUUAAUGAGUUUCUGCUGUUCUGUUUGUUCUUAUGACAUUUGUAACAUUCCUCAGACUGUAGCAUUUUAAAAGAAUGCUUCCAGAGACAAAAGAUUGGAGAGCCUCUGUAAAUGUUGCUUCCUGUUUAAACUGUUUCAAUUUGGAAAACCAGCUGAACACUGAAGUGUGCCAGGUAAAUGUACUGCUUUUUUUCAACUUUCUGUCUGCUAAGACUCAGUUACAUAAGGUUUUUUUGGUUUUUCUGUUUAAGAGAGUCUGCCUACCCUGCAUAUGUGAACAUAAUUAUGCCCUCGGAGUCAUAGCUAAACACUCACAAAUGACAAUUUGAGAAUACUUCAGUGUUCAUGUGAGGUUUGCUAUUAUUCUUGCAUACAUGUAGCUGGCUGUAAACUAUGUGCAUUUACUCUGUAAAAGCUAACUUCUUUUGUUUGGAUUGCUUUAAACUUCAAAGCAAAUUAAAAUGAUGUGCUUCUAUUCAAAUGUUGUCUUCUGUGCUAAACUGUACACUAUUUUUAACCUUUUAUUUUUUUUGUUAUUGAUACACCAGUGCCUGGACAGUUGAGAUUAAAAAUGAGCAAUUCAUUAGGA